GUUAAACAAAACGUUAAAUAAUACAGCAUUGAUUUGUGUAGGACUAUCAACUCUUGAAUUGAAUAAUUAAAAUCAAUACUUUAUAGUAGUAAAGCCACAAAAGAAGGCAGACCUUUCUCGAUAAAUCAAGCCAAGAUGGAUACCGUACGUGAUUGGCUACCGUGGCAUUGACGUCAGUUUCUGGGUGCGGAAACUCUCAACAACAAAAAGAAAGACUAGAGACAGUAAAGAGGAACAAACAGAAGAGGUUAGGACCGUAGAAAAUGUCGAUAUAACUAACAUUACAGCGAAAGACAUUCAGAUUGCUGUAACCGAGUCCAGACAUGGAAACUGUGAAACUUAUGAGAGAGUUGAUAGCCAAUUUUGAACAGGAGAGGAAUUAUCUUCCGAAGGAAACAGGACUCCGCUUAAUCGAAUCGACUGGAGAGAAUGACAGCAGGGGAAUAUCAGCUAAAUGUAGGGACACCAAAGUGGAGGACCUCUGGAGCCUGACUAGUUUCUUUGGGUACAGUACACAGACUUUCGUUCUGGCAGUCAACCUGUUGGAUCGAUUCCUGGCCACGAUGAAGGUCCAACCCAAAUAUCUAGCUUGCGUCGGCAUCAGCUGCCUCCACAUCGCAGCCAAAGCAGUCGAAGAGGAUUGUAACUUGUCUUCCACCAAUGAGCUUAUUCGUAUCAGCCAGUGCAAGUUUACGGUCUCGGACCUCACUCGCAUGGAGAAGAUCGUUUCAGAGAAACUCAACUUCCAACUCAAAACCAUCACAGCCUUAACGUUUUUGCACCUAUACCACGGAAUCACAAGCGCCCAUACCUCAGACCUGAAGGAAGCCCUGAAUCUCGACAUACUAGAGGUCCAGCUCAAAGCCUGUCUCUGCCGGAUCGCGUUCUCCAAAGCUAAACCGUCAGUCUUGGCCCUGUCACUCCUCACUCAGGAGAUUGAAGCCAUGCAGUCUGUUGAUAUGUUAGAAAUAGCACAUCAUGUUCAAAGACAUCUCAAGAUCACUGACGUUGAGCUGCUACACUGGAAAGGACUAGUGGCCAAGUGUAUGUCCGAAUACUCUUCUCCCGAAUGUAGCAAACCCAACAAUAAAAAGCUUGUCUGGAUCGUGUCGAGAAGGACAGCUCAGAAUCUUCACACCAGCUACUACAGCGUCCCUGAACUGCCAACCAUUCCUGAGGACUGCUGGGAUCAGGGUGAAAGUGAAGAUUCAUGUGAAGACAUGAGUUCGGGGGAGGAGAGCCUGGGCAGUUCCCUGGGCUCUGACGCGGAGGGGCCUUACUUCCCUCGAAACUUCCUCUGCUAAAAACCCCACAACAAAUACCUCCUAGACCAAAGCCCUCGAGGGAGCCACUGUGCCUGGGUUACAUAACCACCUUUUCUAAUGCAGGGUCGUGCUCAUUUAAUUCAAAACGUAGCUUAACGUUUUACAACAGUUAAACAAGCGGUCAUUGGGCACGUUCAGACUUGUCCCUCCCUGUGACGGCCUAUUUUGUUCAUAGUGAAUACGAACCAGAAAAUAGCUUCUCUAUAUACCGUAGUAAAUGUUUGUUAGCCUUCUAUUAGGGGCUACCAGUGUGGCUCAUUACAGAAAACCAAUCAAUAUACAGCGUAUUUUUAAAGCUAACAACAAACAUACAGAAAUGUGAGAGUUUGCACAAUCCUGAAGACAGGCAGCUAAAUUAAAUUUCUGUAGUGUGGUGCAUGUUUGGAUUUGUCUCACAUUCCAGCCACUAUAUAUAUCUGUCCCAAAUGGCACCCUCUAUAGUGCACUACUUUUGACCAGAGCCCUGUGUGUCCUGGUCAGAAGUAGUGCACUAGAAAGGGAAAUAAGGUGCCAUUUGGUGAAAACACUUCUCUGAAGUGGCUGGAUUUGUCUCACAUUAACCUGGUUAAAAACUUACUUUGCCCAGUUUCUGUAUAACGAAUUGACUGGGCUGGUUAGUGUUAAACUGUAAAAGCCAAAGUCUGUUUCUCCUAUUAAGAGUGUGUGUGACUAUGAUCUUGUUAAACUUCAAUGUGCCAAUGUGUUGGCUGUGGGUUCUUAAAUUAUUUGGAUUGUAUGUAUGUGAGAAAGAUAAUGUAUAUGAUGUCAUGAAUGUACAAAACUGUUUUAAAAAAAAUGUAAAUUUGUAAAAAUGUACAAAAAAAAAAAGCAUUGUGAAUAGUACCUUUGUAGAUAUGAACUUAUUUUUGCCUGUGAGCUAUGACAAAACAUUAAAAUACUAUUUUGAAAUCA